AUGUCGUCCGAGCCCCGCCGUGACUCGCCAAAUCCGCCACCGGAUGAUUCCCCCUACGACCACCAGAACAUGUCGUCGCCGUCGAUUCUGAAGCUUCGGAAAAUUCCGCCCAUACCGAUGAGGCAUAGGUCCCACGCAGACGAGGACGAGUUCCCAGGAGACGAUUUGGAUUUCGUCGAGCCCUCCAGGUUGGGGCUCAACCAAAUCAGGACGCGCUCGGCGCCCUUGCCCCUCCAGAAGGCCAACUACUCGGGCGAGGCUCAGAUUUCACAGAAUUUGGAUAAUCGACGGGAUGAUGGGCCAGAUGCGAGGCCUAGGAUGGCCAUUGUCUCUAAACAAUCCGUUCCUACCUCUGCCGAUCAAGGUAAAAAGGUUCAUUGGGGUCAAUCCAAAUCAUUAAGAGUUCUUUCACCCAGUAGGACUGGGUCAGAGGGUUGUAAUGCAGCUUUAGCCAAGGAAAUGCAGUCCCCUCGUUUCCAGGCUCUUCUUCGUUUAACUAGUGGCCGCAAGAAAAGAGCGCCAGAUGUUAAAAGUUUCUCUCAUGAGCUCAAUUCCAAAGGCGUCCUGCCACUUCCAUUUUGGAAAUCCCGAGCUAUCGGUCGCACGGAAGAAAUUAUGGUGAUGGUACGGUCGAAAUUUGAUAAAAUGAAAGAGGAAGUCGAUGCCGACCUAGGCAUUUUCGCUGGAGAUCUGGUGAGCGUGCUCGAGAAGACUUCAGAAUAUCAUCCAGAUUGGAAAGAGUGUCUGGAGGAUUUGCUGGUGAUUGCCAGGCAGUGCUCAAAGAUGUCACCCGGUGAGUUCUGGAUGAAGUGUGAAAGCAUUGUACAGAAUCUAGAUGACCGCCGCCAAGAGCUACCAAUGGGUACAUUGAGGCAAGUGCACACGCGCCUCCUAUUUAUCCUCACGCGUUGCACUCGGCUUGUUCAGUUCCAAAAGGAAAAUGGUUACGAAGAAGAUCAUAUACUGGCUUCGCACCAGCUCAGCGACCUAGGUGUGUACCCAGAGCGUAUUCUUGGGUCAUCAAUGAGUGCAAGAGAAAAUAUUGAGCGGAAAAAUUAUAAGGUCCAAGAAAAGGAAGAAAGCAAUCUGAAUAACAAGCAAAGCCAAGUAAUGGAAGAGGUUAACACCGCAACAAGUGUUGAUUCAUCUACAGGAAGCUUUAAGAUGUCUUCCUGGAAGAAACUUCCAUGUGCUGCUGAAAAGAAUCGAAAAGGCCGUGAAUCUGUUGAAACUCCUUCUAAGGAUAAAUUGGAGGACUUAAAACCUCAAAAAGGAAUAGACAGUCCUGAUAAUCCCGCCAGUGAGCUGGGACAUGAUGAUGACUUCUCGACAACACAAAAUAUGACUUGGGGAGCAUGGGACCAACACCAAAUGGCAUAUGAGGAUUCACUGAUAUGCAGAAUAUGUGAAGUUGAAAUACCAACAGUUCAUGUAGAGCAGCACUCAAGAAUUUGUACGAUUGCUGAUAGAUGUGAUUUGAAGGGUUUAACAGUGAAUGAACGCCUUGAAAGAGUCGUUGAUACAUUGGAAAAAAUACUUGAAUCGUGGACUCCGAAAAGCUCGGAAAUGGGGAUUAGGAGUCCUGAAAUCGUGAGAGCUCCUACAUCAAGUGUAAAAGAGGAUUUGGAGAUGAAUUAUGGUAAUGAGGUUGAAGCAUCCCUUAUUGAGAAUGAUUUACAUAGUUCGUUUCAUGUUUCUUGUGAAGCACGAGCUCCAACACCUGAUCACUGCAAGAAAGAAUCAUCCGCUGGCAGCUUGACACCCCGUUCACCUUUAAUAACUCCGCGAAUGAAUCAGAUAGAGCUUCUUCUGAGUGGACGUAGAACAUUAUCUGAAUUAGAAAGUUGUCAGCAGAUACGUAAGCUGCUGGAGCUUGCCAGAUCAGUAACAAAUGUUAACAGGACUGAGUACAGCACACUGGAAUAUAUGAUAGAUAAAUUGGAAGACCUAAAAUAUGCUAUUCAUGAUAGAAAGGUGGAUGCUCUUGUUGUUGAGACUUUCGGGAGGCGCAUAGAGAAGCUAAUUCAGGAAAAAUAUGUGCUGCUGUGUGGACAGAUUGAUGAUGAAAAGGGAGAUUUACUAAGUUCCAUGGCUGAUGAGGAUAGUUCAACAGAAGAAGAUACAGUUCGCAGUUUGCGUGCAAGCCCUAUUAAUCCAUGCACCAAGGAUAGAACAUCCAUUGAAGACUUUGAAAUAAUUAAACCUAUAAGCAGAGGUGCUUUUGGACGAGUUUUUCUGGCAAAAAAAAGGUCAACUGGUGACUUAUUUGCAAUUAAGGUUUUGAAGAAAGCAGACAUGAUCCGCAAAAAUGCAGUGGAAAGUAUCUUAGCUGAACGCGAUAUUUUGAUCUCAGUUCGCAAUCCUUUUGUGGUCCGAUUUUUCUAUUCUUUCACUUGUAGGGAAAAUCUUUAUUUGGUAAUGGAGUAUUUGAAUGGAGGAGAUCUUUUCUCCUUGCUGAAAAAUCUAGGCUGCUUAGAGGAAGAUAUGGCACGUGUAUAUAUCGCAGAAGUUGUACUUGCUUUAGAGUACCUGCACUCUUUGAAUGUUAUUCACAGGGACUUGAAGCCAGACAAUCUGCUGAUAGGCCCAGAUGGUCACAUCAAGUUAACAGAUUUUGGGCUCUCCAAGGUUGGACUUAUAAAUAGCACUGAUGACUUAUCCGGACCAUCUGCUGUUCUUGGGGAUGAUAAACCAAAAGGCUCAGUGCACUCGUCCCAAAAGAGAGAACAGAGGAAGAAACAUUCAGUUGUUGGCACACCUGACUAUCUGGCACCAGAGAUACUUCUUGGCAUGGGCCAUGGUGCAACAGCUGAUUGGUGGUCUGUGGGUGUCAUUCUUUUUGAGCUCCUAGUGGGGAUUCCACCUUUUAAUGCAGAAAAUCCACAGCAAAUUUUCAACAAUAUUAUAAAUAGAGACAUACCCUGGCCCAAGGUACCAGAAGAAAUGAGCCUGGAAGCUUAUGAUCUCCUUAACAAGUUGCUCAGCGAAAAUCCAGUUCAGAGACUAGGUGCAACAGGAGCUGGUGAGGUUAAACGACAUCCCUACUUUAAGGACAUCAAUUGGGACACGCUCUCAAGACAAAAGGCGGCAUUCAUACCUUCAGCUGACGUACAUGAUACAAGUUAUUUUAUGAGCCGAUAUAUUUGGAAUCUGGAAGAGGAAAAUAUUCAUGGAUGUAGUGACCAUGAUGACAUGACCGAUACAGGCAGUGCCUCUUGCAGCAGCAGUACAUACAGCUACUUACAGGAUGAAGAUGGGGAUGAAUGUGGACAUUUGGCAGAAUUUAGUGGCCCGACCCUUGAGAUGAAUUACUCUUUCAGCAAUUUCUCGUUUAAGAACUUGUCACAGCUAGCUUCGAUUAAUUAUGACUUGGUUACGAGAAACAACAAAGAGUCUAGCACAGGCUGA